AAGAUGGUUUCCUGUAGCCUACAGUAUGUGACGUCAUGCUUCUCCUUUCCUGAGAAAUGUGUCACUGUCUCAAAGAGCGACAGUCAGCGACAGCGGGAGAUUGGCUAUGAAGCUGAUAUUUGGGUCCAGUUUGCUGAUUCUGUUCUGGUUCUGGUUCUCACAAAGUGAGACAGAGGCCAGUGAUCUAGAUGUCUGUCCAGACAGAGAAGUGGAGUCUUGUGAGAAUUUUGAUGGCAAUAACAUUUCCUGCUUCAUUUAUCCAACAAAUAUACUCAACUGCUCCUGGUCAUUCCACACUUUGCAGGAGGAUGCUCAACUUUUUGUCUGUAUCAGUAUUUGUGAUACUGAUACAACAGUUGACCCCCCGAGCCUUCUGUCUGAGGGUAGAGUCGGAUCAGGAUCUAUGGUUCUGGAUGACUACAAUGACACAUAUGUAGUCCUCCAAUUCACAACAUCCAAUUCCUGCAUGCCCAACAAGACAGUCCACUCCUGCGAAUAUGCACAUGCCUUGAUAGAGGUCCUGUCUCCACCAAACAUCUUGGUAUCAGUCAAAGAUCAAGGCCUGUUGGUGACAUGGGAUGUGCCCUACAGCCAAAAAGUCACUAAUCCGCCAUGCUUUGAAUACGAGCUGGAUAUGGGUGAUCAGGAGAAACCCAUACACUUGGUGGCGGAGCAGUCUUAUACAAAGCCGUAUGCUGAUCCCACCCGCACCUACAGAGUGAGGAUAAGGACAAGGGUUACAGAGGAUUGCUAUGGAUCCAGUCGGUGGAGUGACUGGAGUGACUGGAGUGACACUGUCCGGCUUGCAGAGGUGAAACAGUCAGAAACUCAAUACUCAAUACCGGUGAUCAUCUCGAUUUCACUUGGAAUACCCAUGAUCCUCCUGGCUGUGCUGCUGCUGGUCCGGCAUCAGAGGGUAUGUAAGGUUCUGUUUCCUCCGAUUCCUCGCCCCCCGUCCAAGUACAAGUAUUUCCUUGAAAAAAAUUACACUUUCAAUGUUCCUGUGCCAUCAGCUAAGCCUGAGGAAGAGAUCACAGAAGUGCAGGAUGCAGAGCAAAACCCCGGAACGACAUUUUAAAAGCAAUACGGGAAGGACACAUUUAAAGUUUAAAAACGCCUACCAAGGUAAUAUCUAAUCCAGCAAAACAUAAAUGUGUUCAAUGCAUUUUUAUAGCCUUACAGUCUAGCAAAUCUGUCUCCGAUAUUUGGUUUAAGUACAUUUGUAAGUUGGGUCAUUGUGUCAGUCAUGAGAAAAUAAACUAUAUUGAUGCUUUAAUACAUGUAUAGACAUUUAAAAGUGCAAUAAUAUGACAACAAACACCGCUAAGUAUAAAAAUAUCACAAGCAGGAGGGUUUGGCUCUAGCAUGCUCUGCUUGGUCAUGUUGCUCAAAUGAAUUCUUUUGGUUAUUCAUUCAGACAAAUGGGACAUGUGUAUUCAUGAGUUUUUUUUUAUUUUAUGAAAUACACUUGAACUUGACAGUUGAAUGACCCUGAAUUGUGGAACUAGCGCUUCUACAAAAUGUGCAUACCUUUUUGUGUGUUGAAUCUAGUUGUGAGAUAUAUUAUCACCUGCUUAUUGAAAAUGCAUUCACUUUCAUCGAUUGUAUUUCCUUAAAGUUAAAAUUGCUUUCUUGCUCAUUUGUUUUGGCAUAACUUCCAAACUUUCCGAUUUUUGGAGCUCUAUUUUCAAAACUCUGUCAGGUAUUUUUUGGCAACCAUUACAACCCGCAUCUCCUGAUUGCAGUAUUCGGUAUUUCAAAUGAGAACACCAGUUACAGCUUGUGUAAGGCUACUUGUGUGUUGGUUAGUUUUACUGAAGUGGAAAGGCCCACAGCCCCAAGUCACAUUCUGGUUAAAGGAAGUGAUGUAGUACCCAAAAGUGGAGAAACUCAGGUAUGUGAAUCCCAGUCCAAGGUAAUAUAACGACUAUUCAUUACUGUGAGAUCCAACUCAUGAGUGCUGGGGUCAGUGUUUGGUAGGUUUGAGAAAAGACUGUGGUGUGUGUUUUUAACUCCCACACCUCCACUAAUGGUGGUUUCUUUCCGGGGCUGCUUUGGGUUGCACCUGACACAGAUAAGACCCACAAUGAGGUUAAACCUGUGGGAAGACGUUCUAGGGUAAGAUGAAUGAGCCUUAUUUCAGUUAAUCGAGACCAGUGGUGAGUCCGUUGGGAAAAGGAAGGUUCUGUUAUGCUUAUGGCUUCAGAGACUUAGGCGUCGAUUCACAGAUUGUGCACACAUGGUGAAAUACUUAGAGUUUUCACUUAUUAAGAAUCAAAUUACCAUUGUAUUGUAUUUUCACUUGAUUUUAUCUUAUUUUUAUUAAUGUUAUCAGGUGGGUUUUAUAUUACA